GCACUGUACGUCGUGUAUACACACAACCUGCAGUCGCGAAGUGUUCAUCUCGACUUUUGUUUUUAUUAUUUAAUAAAAAAAUAGCAAAUAAAAUUCUUUUAAAUGCAUAAAACUAAAUCCAAUCAAACAUAAUAUAGUGCAAUUUAGAUAAUGUGUAAAUCAAUAAGUCCAUUAAUAGCUGCCACUAUUCAAUAUAAAAAGAACAAAACUAAAUUCAGUUUAUAGUGAAUAUUGAAAUUGUCAAAGAAGAAUAGAAAAGAGAAGUAGUAGUAGUGUGAGGUUGUGUGUAGGAGUCUGACACAAAAAAAAGAAAAAAAAGUAGGAGACGAAAGACCAACAACAACCAAACAAACACACACAAUACAACAACAACAAUGCAAGUGAAAAACAUCGAAUAAAAGGCAUCUAAAAAAAAAGUUAUUUAACCUCAACAAAUGCAUAAAAAUAAGCAAAUUAAUAUGUUAGCUAGUUCAAGUCAACAAAUCGAAGAAACAAAAGCCAAUUCCUAAUGAUUAGGAAUUAUUUAGGUUGAAUUUACACUUUUUUUUUUGUUUCGAGUUGAGUUGAGUCGAGAGGAGAAGAUCGAUCGAAGGCCGUGGCCAAGUUCAAAGAAGAAGCGAAGGCAAUUAUUUUAAUUCUCCACACAUUUUGGUCAACUCAAGUCUCCAUCUUUUGUGUAUUUGCUGAUCCCGUUAAAAGAGGAAAUCACAAAGGAGGAAGAAAGAGAGCAAUCUUCUGACGACAAAAAAAAACUGACAACAACAAGAAGUCAACAAAUUUUUCCAAAAGAACGAAAACAAUCGUUUUUUUGUUUUUAAGUUCGACGCGGGAUUAUCUGGAGAAUUCCUAGAAAACUUUUUUUUGGAAAUUGAUAUUGGCUAAGAUACGGAUAAGGCACUUACAAAAGUUGUGUGAAGAGUGGAGGUAGUGAAAAGGCACUAAUUCCUAGUCGGUAAUUGAGCAAAAUUGGAUGGCAGAUAACCUUCGUAACCAAAAGAAUCCACACAGUAACAGUAAUCGCCAUAAACUAUUGCCACUUAAAUCUUCUGAAUCAUCGAAGUCGUCGACAUCGUCCGAACGAUCACAACGCAGGAUGUCCAACAAUUCGGGCUAUCAAAACCACUACAACUAUCGCAUGUCGAAUCACCAUCGCCAUAAUAACACUCAAGAAAGUGAAGACUCUUAUGGAGGACAAGGUGGUUCUUCGAGUUCACAUGCUCAUAUGAAUGGUGGUGGUGGUGGUGGUGGUGGUGGUUCAGGUGGAGGAGGCGGCCCCCACUGUCACCUCAAUGGCUUGACCAAUGGCCAUCACAAUGGUCAUAUUGCCAAUGGUGGUAUCAAGCCAAUGGAUCAAGUGGCACUGCCAGAUAUGUGUUUCUUCUGUUUUGAAGUGUUGUACUGCGAACUGAAUAACAUCGAAGGUCCAGGACAACCGCAAUUUACUAAUGAACCUUUCCCAUUGUUUGUCACCUGGAAGAUUGGAAGGGAUAAACGGUUACGCGGUUGUAUUGGAACAUUUAGUGCAAUGCAUUUGCAUUCGGGAUUACGUGAAUAUGCAUUGACUAGUGCAUUGAAAGAUUCACGAUUCUCUCCAAUAACUAGAGAUGAGUUUCCAAGACUGACUGUGUCGGUGUCCAUUUUGCAGAACUUUGAAGAGGCACGCGGGUACUUAGAUUGGACACUUGGCAUACAUGGCAUUCGAAUCGAGUUCCUCAAUGAAAGAGGGUGCAAACGGACAGCUACUUACUUGCCACAAGUGGCAACCGAACAAGGUUGGGAUCAAACCCAAACCAUAGACUCAUUACUCAGGAAGGGUGGCUAUCGUGCAGCCAUCACCCCAGAUACACGUAAAUCAAUCAAACUUACACGUUAUCGCUCGCAAGAGAUCCAAAUGAAUUACAAGGAGUACCGCGAGGUUUUGGAACGAAAGGCGCAGUACGGCAAAGUGCAAUGCUAACAACCGACCAAGUUUUUCCACAACAACCUACUCCAGAAUUAAUUUGAUUUUUUUCAUUUGAAAACAUAACUAAUAGUAAAAAUAUUAUUCUAUAUGACGAGGUAACGUGUGCUGAAAAGUUGUUGUUCUAAUGCAAUAUUUGUCGAUUUCACUUAACUAAAAAAGAAAAGAAACAAAAUGAAGAAAAGUACUAAAAAAAUAAAAGAAAAAUAUGUUUAUGUAAUUGUUGGCAGAGAGAGCAUUAUUGGCAGCUCGCGUUUUAUUUGCCUAAUUCUUUAUUUUUCAUAAAAAAAAAAAAAAAAACAAUUUAAUUCUUAUAUAA